AUGACUCGCCCCGAUGAUCCACCGCUCCCGGAUCUAUCCGAUGAAGUGCUUGGCAAGCUAGCGAGCGUGUCCCUCGACGAACCACCAGACGAUAUCGCGCCAGUGGAGGACCCGGUCGUUGAAGCCCCACGUGGAAAAGCGCCCAGUAGUUUCGAGGACUACUUCCAAGUCGUCUCCACGGAUGGCCGCACUUUUUACCCGCAAAAGAUGCUCGUCCUUCGCAGUGUUGCCCACCACAAGAAAGGGAAGGCUUUUGGCUGCAAGUACGAAAAUUGCGCUGACAUCUUCCUGCUGUGUAAUUCACAAACGGUCAGCUACGUCCACGGAGUCAAUGUGGCGAAUGGUGCCGAGGUGUCGAUUGAAGAAGUUCCGAUCUACGCGCACGAGCCACAAGCCUCAAGUGUCGGCCCAUCGCAUAUUGCAUGUCUAAAUACUGAAGACGAUACAACAGAAUACGCGGUCAUCUGCGGCAAAACAAUACUACGACUCCAGUAUGAUGCCGAAUUGCUCGGCUUCCAAUCGGUGCACAUGUUCACAGAAAUCGAGCCAGUGAAGGAACUACGAGGUAUCGCCACUGCUAGAGAACGCAAGCUGGUGUUCACCUUCUCCAGUCCAAUGAUCCUGUGUAUUGAUGGGCACGGCGACGGCCAGGUGUUGUCUAGGACACACUAUGGGAUAAAUGAAAGACGCGGUUUCGGAAACGUAUGCUACAUGGACUAUAAUGAUAAGCAACGCACGCUGGUGACUUCCGACUUGGGCUUCGGGUCAUUCGGCCACAACAGUGCACUGCUUCGGAAGUACAGCGUCGAUGAGAACUUCCAGCUGACCAAGAUUUGCGAAUACGUCUCCGAUGAUCGGGUUGUAAACGAACUUCAAAAGGGCGCCAUCCAGUAUGCUUCAGGAAUUAUGAUAGACGACGCUGGCUGGGUGCUCGUUGCCGAUGCAAAAAAGCCUGCUCUCCACUUGUUCGACGAUCAACUACGACCACUAUGCCACAUCCGCCUCCAGCACGAGUUCCAGCAGCCGUUUCCGUUCACCACCAGCAUCACGCUAUCCGAGCAGUACGCCGCGCUGAACUGCGUGAGAAAAGGCCGGACGUAUUUCUACGAAUUGAAGGAUCGGCCGACGCAGGCCCAAUUUGCUCAACGUCCGCGGCGUCACACCCCUCCCAAGGGACAGAAACAAUCGAGUCGCCGGGGAUCCGGUCGCGGCCGUGAACAUCGUGGUGGCCGCUCUUCGCAC